CAGCGGCCCCUAAUGGAGCACCUAGUUGGACCCCACACUUUCUUGGAAGCCAGAGAAAAUAAGCACUCGGAGUCUGGGUCUUGCCCUUGUCAGAAGUGUUCACAGGCACACCUCCGAGUGCUAAGGCUGCUUUCCCAAGAGGCAGGUAGUUUCCAAAAUGGGAGGAUCCCGCAGCUGCACUCUGGCUGCCUGCAGAGUGGACGGUGACUUCCUCCGACAAGGAUGAGGGUCAGUGGGAGUUUUAAUCUGGUCAGAAGCUGAGAGAAACUGCCUCCCCCGCAGAUCUCCAUCCAGGCCCUGCCACCACCUCCUCCCCGGAGACAGCCAGGUGUGGCCCAGGAUCCCGGGGAAGAGGGGGAAGGGUGGCGUCUCUGCUCCUAGAGCGCUGGCCCGGCCCAGAGGGGACAGGAAGCCAGGACACCGGGGAUUGUCUCUUGCAAGCACAGCCCAGCCCCGGCUUGGGAGGAAGUUCUGCGGAGCGCUCUCCGCCGGUUAUAUUGUUGAACAGGAAACAGGGCAUCGCCGGAGCAGGGCUGUGGAACAGGCAGCGCCGGACGCGGACCCCACGCGCGUCUGCCGGGACAAGUGGACGCUAGGCCAGCGGGCGAAAGUUCUAAGUGUCUCCUGUUUCGCGCGGUUUCUUCAGUCUCGGUCCUUGGAAGUCCCUCCCACAGAUAUGGUAGAGGCCUAGUCGGCUUCCCUCCGCCAGCCCCGCCCAUGGGCAGCCUGAGAUCCUCCCAGCUAACAAAAGCGAGGUGGUCGCGAUGGCGGCGGACGUCGAGGGGGACGUGUACGUGCUGGUGGAACACCCCUUCGAGUACACCGGCAAAGACGGGCGCCGUAUCGCCAUCCAACCGAACGAGCGUUACCGACUGCUGCGCCGCAGCACCGAGCACUGGUGGCACGUGCGGCGGGAGCCCGGGGGUCGCCCUUUCUACCUCCCCGCGCAGUACGUACGCGAGCUGCCCGCGCUUGGCGACCCUGCCCCGGCCCCGCAGCCUUCCGUACCGCAGCAGCGCCCCGCAGUCCCGGAGCCUCUGGCCUACGACUACCGCUUCGUGAGCACCCCGGUGGGCGCCGAUGGGUCCUCUGCCGAGCCCCGGGGCCGCGCCAGCUCCCUGUGUGGCCCUGCACGACAGCGCACCGGUGGUCAGCGCAACAGCCUGGCUCCGGGAGGGCCCGCCUGCCUUUACGUGCGGCCCGCGGCGCCGGUGCGACCCGCGCAGUCCCUGGAUGACUUGGCGCGCGGCGGCACCGCGCCCCCUGCCGGCCUCCUCGGCAGCGUGGGCCACUUUAAGGCCUCCAGCGUGGCGGGCUCCUGGGUUUGUCCCCGGCCCCUGGCGCCUAGCGACUCGGAGAAUGUCUACGAGGCCAUUCCGGACUUGCGCUGCCCUCCGCGGGCGGAGAGCCCAAAGCAGGUGGACGACCCCCCGGAACCAGUGUAUGCCAAUGUAGAGAGGCAACCUCGGGCCACGUCGCCUCGCUCUGCUGCAGCUCCUCCUCGACUCAGCCCAGUGUGGGAGACGCACACAGACGCGGGCACUGGGCGCCCCUACUACUACAACCCCGACACGGGUGUGACCACCUGGGAGUCACCCUUUGAAACACCUGAAGGUGCCACCAGCCCGGCCACCUCCCGGGCCUCUGUGGGCAGCGGGGAGAGCCUGGAGACAGAGUGGGGCCAGUACUGGGAUGAGGAGAGCCGCAGGGUCUUCUUCUACAACCCCUUGACCGGUGAGACGGCCUGGGAGGACGAGACCGAGGAGCUGGAGGAAGAUCACCAGGAACAACUGGAAAUGCAACCCAGCCUGAGCCCGCGAAGCCCCGGGCAGCAGAGGCCCCCAACUCCUGAAACAGACUACCCCGAAUUACUGGCCAGUUACCCUGAAGAGGACUAUUCUCCUGUGGGCUCCUUCAGUGAUCCGGCCCCCGCUUCUCCUUUGGUUGCGCCCCCUGGCUGGUCCUGUCAAAUUACCCCAGACAAGCAGAUGCUCUACACAAACCAGUUCACUCAAGAGCAGUGGGUAAGGUUGGAGGACCAGCACGGGAAGCCAUAUUUCUACAACCCAGAGGACUCCUCUGUUCAAUGGGAGCUGCCCCAGGUCCCGAUCCCUGCCCCUCGAAGUGUCCGAAAAUCCAGCCAGGAUAGCGACACUCCAGCCCAGGCUAGCCCUCCAGAGGAGAAGGUCAAGACUCUGGACAAGGCAGGAGUCCUCCAUCGUACCAAGACAGUAGACAAGGGGAAGAGACUUCGGAAGAAACACUGGAGCACCUCCUGGACUGUGCUGGAGGGCGGUGUCCUGACCUUCUUCAAGGAUUCAAAGACCUCAGCUGCAGGCGGCCUGAGGCAUCCUUCAAAGCUUUCCACCCCUGAAUACACGGUCGAACUGAAGGGAGCUUCUCUUUCUUGGGCCCCCAAAGACAAAUCCAGCAAGAAGAAUGUGUUAGAGCUGCGAAGCCGAGAUGGCUCGGAGUACCUGAUCCAGCACGACUCAGAAGCCAUCAUCAGCACCUGGCACAAAGCCAUUGCCGAAGGCAUUGCAGAGCUGGCCAGAGCUCCUCGGGAGAGGCCCCAGUCCGCCCCAGGCCUUGCUUCUCUGAGGCUGUCUGAUUGCCAGUCUGCAGACCUGCUCCAAGGGGAGGAAUGUGAGCACAGCAGUGCUGAUUUCGGGUCCAGUGAGCGCCUCGGAAGCUGGCGGGAGGAGGAUGUACGGCAGAACGCAGCCUCACCCUCGCUCAGCCCCGGAGGCCUGGAAAGCGACUUGAGCAGGGUCCGGCACAAGCUCCGUAAAUUCCUACAGAGACGACCCACUCUGCAGUCUUUGCGGGACAAGGGCUACAUCAAAGACCAGGUGUUUGGAUGCGCGCUGGCUCAACUGUGUGAGCGCGAGAGGAGUCCUGUGCCACGCUUCGUGCAGCAAUGCAUCCGCACCGUCGAGGCCCGGGGGCUGGAUAUUGAUGGACUGUACCGCAUCAGUGGGAACCUGGCCACCAUCCAGAAGCUGCGCUAUAAGGUGGAUCACGAUGAACGCUUGGACCUGGACGAUGGGCGCUGGGAAGACGUCCACGUGAUCACGGGUGCCCUGAAGCUCUUCUUCCGAGAGCUGCCGGAACCCCUCUUCCCCUUCUCGCACUUCCACCAGUUCAUAGCAGCCAUUAAGCUGCAGGACCCAGCCCAGCGCAGCCGCUGCGUGCGUGACCUGGUGCGCUCGCUGCCAGCUCCCAACCAGGACACGCUCCGACUACUCAUCCAGCAUCUGUGCCGGGUGAUUGAGCACGGCGAGCAGAACCGUAUGUCUGUGCAGAAUGUGGCCAUAGUGUUCGGGCCCACGCUGCUGCGGCCUGAGAUGGAGGAGGCCAGCAUGCCCAUGACCAUGGUGUUCCAGAACCAGGUGGUGGAGCUCAUCCUACAUCAGUGCGCAGACAUCUUCCCACCGCACUGACUGUGGACCGUGGGUUAGCUGGAGGCUGUGAGGCUGGACCUCCUCUGAGGCUCUCCCGCUUCCCACCACCACCACCACCCCCCUCCGCUGCACUGUGACUUCAACACCCGUCCAUUCAGAGGGUGCAGUGACCCCUGGUGGGCAGUUCGUGAAAUGUGAUUUCUCCCUCUCGCGUCCCCUUUAGGGGUUCAUUAGGGCCCUUUCCCUAAUUACAGCGCCGCCUAUUGUGUGGAUGUGAGAACGUGCCUGGAGGAGGGAGGUGAAGGUCUGUUUUCUAGUCCCCCACCCACCCACCCACCCCCGGCAGGGAGUUUGGUGAGGGCAUUCUGGUUUCCUUAGGCCUGCACCUGUCCAGGCCUUGAUGGAGACCCUGUAGGCCCCGUGCUAUGCAAGAGGUCAUGAAGCACAGCUAUUGACAUUGUCUCUGCUGCCAGGGGAGGACUGACCCUGGCCACCAGCCCAGGCCACUGACUGCUUCCUUCAGCCUUACGCUCCAGUGCCACCCUGAUGCAGGCCUCCUGAUGCCUCCCUCUCUCCCUGGGCCACAUCCGUUCUCCACAGAAGCUCUUCAUACUAACCACAUACCAAACCCGGCGAUCUGGGGCUUGCAGAAAUCGCAGUACUUCAGGGGUCCAUAGGUGGUCUGAUUCCCUGCAAAGGCUAUCCCCACGACGAGUCCAGCUUCUAGAGGAGGAGGUGACGCCCCAGCCCCACUGCAGCACAGCCUGUAGGUAGACCAGAGUAAACGCUGGAGCACUUUGUGUAGGUUAGAGGUUGGGGGCCCCUGAAGGCAGCAGGGAGCCUACCACAGCUGUUGGUGUGCGGUGGGGGGACAGCAUAAAUAGAAGCCCCCAGCUGCUGUCUACACCCUGGCUGGGUGCCUGCCUGAAGCCCCCAGCCACUGUCUGCACCCUGACUGGCUGGAUGCCCACCUGGUACCCUACUUGUCAUGCAGAGCUAGGAGAGGCCUGUCCGGGAGGUCACAGCCUUAGGCAAACAGUUGAAGCUGUGUCAGCUGCCCGAUUCCUCCCUCAUGCACAUACCACCUCAAUCUAUGGAUCUGAGCCCCCAGCUCCACCCACCCCCACUGACUCGACAAACAAUAUAAUAGCUAAUAUUUAUUGAGCAUUCAGACUAUGCCAGCCUUUCCCACGGGCUUCUCCCUUGGUUUCAUGCAGUCCAUAUUUAUUGUGGGUCCUCAUGUGCCCAGCACUGUGCCCUGGGGCAGGGGUUCUACGCAUGCGUGCUGGAGCUUGGAGCCCAGUGAAUACGACUGAUGCAAGCCCAGCCCUGAUGGUAGCAGGGCGCAGAAGAGAACAAAUGAAGACUUCUUGCUGUACACUUGCUGUAUAUUUAAAGUCCUAAGGCAAGCUAAUAACUAACUGUUAAAUAAAAUGUUUAUUCUCCUA